GUGUCGUAAACCAUAUGGCCUAUGUCGUGAAACAACGUAAACGAGCAGCUUAUGGCUUAGCCUGAAAACAACAGCUCACUUUUGUUUUUUGGUUUUUACUUUUGCUUAUGUUUCGUUUGGCGACGUGGACAUUUGUAUUAGAUGGAGACCGAUAGCUUACCAUGAAACUCCGGGUGCAGAAUGACAGGAGUGAUUCCAGAAGAGCACUGAAACUGAGGGAGUCUCCUGCUGUAAUGCAGCCUGAUUCAAGCGAGCUGGGCGCUCAUGAAGGAAACGGUUUAUCCCUAACUCUGCAACCAGAGCUGACCAGGACACCAGGCCCUGGUGCUGCUGCUGCUGCUGCUACCAACCCUGAAUGCAACGAGGUGCGGGUAACCAUGACCAACAAGCCUGGCGAGUCCAGUGGAGGCGCAUCAUCCAGGAGGUCCAGAGUCAACUCCCACAGCCACACCCAUGCUCAGCCACACGCACACAAUCGGGUGCCGCACCACUCGAAUACGGAGCCUGAGCUUGACCCGCCUGACUCUGAUCUAGACUCUGGAGAACCGAGCACUUCCAUGUCCGAGCUUCGCUGUCUCUUCCGCUGGCUCCAAAAGAGUCUUCCUUUCCUCAUCAUACUGUGUGCUAAACUGGUCAUCCAACAUGCUCUUGGUCUAGCAGUUGGGGUUGGCCUCUUCACAACUUUUCUAUAUGUGAAUAAAAACAUUCAAACUCAAGUCUUUCUUCAGGAUCGUCACUCAAAGCUGCAGUGUGUAUGGCUGCUACUAUUCCUGAUCUCCUCCACCCUCCUGCUUUACUACACCUUUCUCACUGAGACACUUCACCAUUGCCUCAUCUUCCUCAGCCCAACCAUUGAGCCGCUGGGUUUCUGGGAGGUUCUGUGGGUUGUCGGCAUCACCAACUUCAUAAUAAAGUUUCUCUUUAUGGGGAUUAAGUGCCUUAUUCUGCUGCUGCCAUCCUCUCUGGUGACCUACAAAACCCAGGGGAGGUGGGUGAUGCUGACUGAGGAGCUGGGUCAGGUCCACCAGUCCACAGCUCCCGUUCCACUGUGGUUCCGCUACCUGGUCACGUACCAGGAGGUUGACGGCACCCCUGGACUCACACUGGGGGUCCUGCUGGCUUUGCUCUACCUCAUACUGAAGCUUUUAGGAUUGUACGGACAGUGGACGUCUUUACUGAAAACUGUGAGGAUAUUUGUAAAGGGCGAGCACACAGGCUCAGCAGCCAUUAGGAGUCAGUGCAGCGAGGCCGGAGACGUCUGUCCAAUCUGUCAAGGAGAGUACAGGGAGCCUCGGGUUCUACUCUGUCAGCACAUAUUCUGUGAUGAAUGCAUCGCUCUGUGGUUUAACCGGGAGAAGAGCUGCCCUCUCUGCCGCACCGUGAUCACGGAGAAGGUUUACAAGUGGAGGGACGGAGCCACAUCUCCACACCUGCAGAUUUAUUGAUUGAUACGGUAUAGGUGAAGGGCUUUUGGGUGUGGGACGUUGGUAUUAGGUGUAUUUCAAAUGUGAUUUUCCGUGGCUGUCAAACCCCGUUGACGAGUAAUGUUGUACACACUGUUUGUUUAAUCAGCUAAGGGCUGUGCCUCCUGCGGGCCGAGGUCAGUAAAGACACGUUUCUGGCUUAUUUACCAGUCCGUCCCUACUCGUCACUCACAGACGAUUGAAAGUUGAUUAUUUUCAUGCCCCCAUGUGAUCUUUGAUUUUUCUAUUUUAAGUUGUUUCCUCUUGUUUUGUGUUGCUUUUAUUCACCUUGAAUCUUAAUAUAAACUUUCCUCACGGGGCAGCAAAUUGUUCUACUUGUACAUAUGGGAACAUCAGAGAAAUAUAUAAAAAAAAGUAUUUUAAACAGAUUUUUCCUUUAUCACGCAUUUCAAAACAACAUGCAACAUACAGUAUGAACCCUCUCUUAUCCAGUGUUUCCAAAUUUGUAGAAGCGACUUCUGAUAUGUCACAAUAACCGUGUAGAUUUAAGCAGCUGCAUACCUCGACGCAGGAGCGCUUGCUGAAUUCUGCUUUAGCUGUAUCUUUGAGUUUGAACAGGACUGCAGAGGCUUUUUGGAAGCCCAGUUCACAGUAACAUCACAGGGUCCAUGAGACCUUUGCCAGCCUGCAUCCAGGCACUGAAGACGUACAUGGCAGACUAAAAAAUAAUAAGUUUGUUAUGGAUAAAGUUUUGCUUUUUGUGAUUAUUCUUUUCUGUUUGUCUGAUACAAAGGAUGCAACUGAGCUUGUGAGAUCGAUUUACAAGUAAAUUAUUUUUCUAUAGAGGUGACAUAGCCUCGCUUUUAUAAAAACCAAAGACUGGGAGAAACAUCUAUUUUAUUAUGUACAAAAAUCAUUUCACUGUGUUAUUUUUAUCCAUUUAGAUGCAUAAGCUUUCUGAAUAAAGAUCUACCAUUUGAA